CUGUCAGGUCAGUGUCAGCGCGACUGUUUUCGCUUCUUGGCAGCCGUCAUCAUCGGCGUACGCGUCGCAGGUUACCGAAAAAAGAAAAGUAUUUAGCUUCUUUGCGACUAAACCGCAGUUUUUUUUACCUUUUCGCGAAAUUGGAUCGUAAAUUCAGGAAGUAAAGAUUGUGGUGCAGUUGUAUGUGCUGAAAUAGUGGGGCUUCCGUUCGGAGGCGGACGCUUAUUUGCCGAUUGGGAAUUGGGGUGAUGGCUCCUGGCGCUAUGGAUGUGACAGAGUUGUGUAGGCUUUGCCUGAAGAAUGCCUCCAGCACUCAAACGGCCCGGAUCGACCUGCACCAGGAUCAGGACGUGGCGGACCUGGUCCUGGAUGUUUACGGCUUUUGCAUAAAGGAUUCCCACCGGGGCUCUAGUUACGUUUGCUUACCGUGCUACCGGAAUGUGGCCAACUUGAAAACGCACCUGGAUCGACACAAAACAAAGCGGGCACUGGCGGGUAUGAAUCAAACCAUUCUGGAAGCGCAGGAUGAUGCUUUCCAAGAGGAGUCCGAUGACGAGGGCAUCUACAUCGAUUCGAGGCCUGGUUAUCGACGGCCAAUCUCCUCCCCAGUGGACAUGCUACUCAAACUGAAAGACUGCAUGCAAAGUAAACGUUUCCGAGAAGCGUUGAGCGAAAGGUACGAGCUGGGUCACCUUUUAGUGUCCGGACCUAUCUAUCAGAAGGCAACCGGUACCUUCGAGGAUACAUGGCAUCCCAUUCAAGUGUACUGUCAUAAAUGUCGAUGUAAAUUUGACAGCAGAUCGUCAUUCGAAGAGCACACCAUCUCAUGUAAGUUUAAGUGCAUAUUUUGCUCUCGGCAGUAUACGCACGAGGAGACUUUAAAUUUGCAUUCGUGUCCUAAAAGGGAUAAGUAUAAAAAGUCCAAGAAACGUAAAGCGAAACAGUACCGUUUAAAUAACUCAAUCAAGAUCUGCAAAGCUGCAACACCGCCUCCCGUAAAAGAGCCGGAAACUUCCAAAUCGGUCGAAACUGAGGUGCAGGAAAAGGAACAACCGAAGCCUGCGAUUUCGACUCAAGAGACUAUGCCUUCUUCAGUAGUAGCCCCGCGCAUUGAAGGAGAAGCAAACCUCGAUGCAGAAUUGACGAAUCUUUUGGAGAGAUGGUACGGACAAGGAGAGGAUAUUGAAGAACUGAGCCAUCUCAGUGUUGGAGCAAUUGAUGCACCUAUCGAUAAUGGCGUUUUUACUAAUUCUGAGCUGUACAGUCGUAUAAUUGAUACUAGUUAUCAGAAUACUGUAACUGCUACAAAGCCGGCUAUUUCAGUCCGACCUAUGAGCCAGCUGAUAGAAACUCCUGUGGAACAGAAUCUGCCUUCUAGUGUACCGGAUUUGAUCCCCGUCUCUGAUACUAGCAUCCCAAUGGACGUGAUUGAAAUCGAUGACGACGACGACAUGCACACCUCAUCACCUAUGGCGCCAUCUACUAGUAUCCCGCUGCCUGGAAAACCGGAGCAAACUCUUAGCGAAAAAGAUAUUCUGAACAUUGUAAAGCACUUUCGCGGUAUCGACGAAAAUGAGUCAUAUCUUGUGAAAGCCAAGAUCAACGGCGCUCAAAAACUAAUUUGCAUCAGCAAAAGGAAAAACGAGACCGGCAUUCAAAGCUCCAUUGUAGCACCAGCUGGUCAAAAUAGUAAUUCAGCGCUUCAAACAGGAAGCAGAAAUGUUCCACAGAAUCAAAUUGUGAUAUCACCUACUACGAAACAAUUAUCAGCCGUACAGAAUGCCAAUACAAUAGUGAAUUCAGCUCCCGCAAAACCUUCGUUAUCGGUGAAAAAUGUAUCCGCCAUCAACGGGGCUCCAAUUCCAUCAUUGACAGCCAUGGCUACAGGUCCGCAACUUAAAAUUGCUCACGUACAAUCUUUAGUAUCGGACCCUGGCACAUCGCAGCAAACGACACCCAGACUUUUGAAUGGAACGCCUCAGCAAACUAAAACGGUUGCUAUCAAACCCAACUUGGCUGUUCGAAAGAUGCCAACCGCCACAUUUACCGUUAAAACCGCCCAAAAACCAAAAACUAACAUGGCUAACAAGCAGGCUCCACAGAGGAUCAUUGUUGGUAGCAACUCUUUGAAAUUUGUCAGCAAUAGUGGCAGUGCCCCUACUCGAUACGUACCAAUCGCCCCUAAGACGAGUGGGCCAAGUCCACCGCGGGCCGUAAUAGUGCAGAGGAAAGAAGUGCAAACCAUUGUAUCGACGGUAACGCGAAUGAAUGUUGGAGGAAAUGUUGAAUCCACCACGACCAGUAGCAGCACCAGCAGAACUACCGAUAUUAACAAUUCAAUGUUGAAGUCGCAACUGCUUCAGCAACCGCCGAAAGUUUAUCCUACUGAAGGGAGUCGAAAUAUCGCUUCUAAAUCGACUACUUUAGGUGGAGCGUUAGCUGGCCUCGCGGGCCCCAACAGGCAGUUCAAGCUGAAUAAUACGACCAUCAAGCGAAUGAAUUAAUCUCACGCGAGCCAACUACUAGCGGAUCUAGUUUCACAGGUAUUUUAGUGGUAAAACACAGAACAUUCUACAGUUCAGCAUCGGACAUAUAUUUGUAUAAUUGCAUUCAAUUUGCUUGAACUGUUUAUUUUGCUAUUGGAAAACACAUUAUCUUUUCUCGGCACAUUUGCCCAGUAGGUUUUCUCUAGAGUAAACUGUUUGGGAAAUGGUUUGCAAUUGUACAAUUCAUUUACAAACAAAUUAAGAAGAAAUAAUAUAGCACUAAAGUAUGAUAAGUGUAAUAUUUAUUGCAAAGUAUCUUAAUUUAUAUCACAAUCCUUUUUGAAAUAAAGUUGAUUUUUUGUACGA